GUCUAAUCCAUUCUAGAGAACCCAGUAGAUAUUUCAGGGUCAGGCUAUCAAAGCGCCUCAAUUGCUUCAAUUCCAUAUCAUUAGUGAACAUGGCACCAACCAUCGAACGUAUCGUCGACAGUGUCGAACUGGGCGAAGGCCCUCACUGGGACGCCGCCACACAAAGCCUCUAUUUCGUCGACAUUUUCGGGAAAACCAUCCAUAAAUACGUCCCUGUCACGAAAAAACACACCAAAGCGGUGAUUGGAACAAACCACGUCUCGUUAAUAAUCCCGGUCGAAGGCGAAAAAAACAAGUUUUUGAUAACAAUAGGUCGACAAUUGGUGACAGUGAAAUGGGACGGAAGUAGCGAGAAAGUUAGCGAAAUUACAAAAAUAGGCGAAGUUGAUGACGACCCGGAAACUCUCGAUAACAGGUUCAACGACGGGAAAUGCGACCCCACGGGGAGAUUAUGGGCGGGGACUAUGGGAGGCGAACCAAUCAACGGACACGUCAAGCCAAAUAAAGGCGGGCUUUUCAGUUUAGGACCCAAUCAACAAAUAAGGAAACAUUUGAGCAAUGUCUCCAUCUCCAAUGGCCUGGCGUGGAGCAAAGAUUUGAAAAAAAUGUAUUACAUUGAUUCGCCAAAACGGACAAUCGAUGAGUAUGAAGUGGAUAUGAAGUAUGGCACUCUUUCAAACGGAAGACCCAUUUUUACGUUAGAGAAACACAAUAUUCAAGGAUUCCCUGAUGGGAUGGCUAUUGACACCGAUGGUAAUUUAUGGGUGGCUGUUUUUAACGGAUAUAGGGUCAUUAAAAUCGACCCCCGAAAACCUGAAACUCUCCUACAGACGAUUCAAUUGCCCGCUAAACAAGUAACUUCUGUCGCUUUCGGAGGCCCUGAUUUAGACGAACUGUACGUUACCUCCGCCGCUUUCACGGUAGAUGGCGUGGAACUACCGCCUCCCGAUCAUGGAGCAACUUUCAGGAUUAAAGGAAUAGGGGCAAAAGGAUACCCGGGAGUUAAUGUAAAAUUACAGUUAAAUAACACAAUGGUCCGAAUAACCCAAAUUGGGGAUAAUCUAGAAGUGGGCACUCGCAUCCAUUGGGACGAACAAACGCAAAAUCUUUAUUACGUGGACGUCCCAACAUCAACCAUUUACAGAUACAGACCGUCAACGGAUGAAAUAACCCAAGCGCAAGUUGGAAACGAACCUCUAGCUUUUGCAUUUCCGGUCGAUGGUAAAACCGACUUUUUUAUUGCUGGACUUGGGCGAAAAAUCGUUUUGUUAAAAUGGGACGGUGAGAGUGAAAGUGUUUGUUCGUGUACUACCAUUGCAGAAGUCGAUAGAGAACCACAUUUGGCCAAAAAUCGGCUAAAUGGCGCCAAAGUUGACCCAUAUGGGCGUUUGUGGGCCGGUACCAUGGGCGCACAGGACGCCAACGGGCAAACAAUCCCCAAACAGGGGUCGCUGUAUAGCUUAACCAACGGUAGACUUAAACGAGAGUUCAAGGAAGUUGGUAUUUCGAAUGGGAUUGCAUUCGAUUUGGACGCGAACAAAAUGUAUUAUGUUGACACGUUAAUACCUGCCAUUUCGGCAUUCGAUUACGAUGGCGAAAGCGGCGAAAUCAGUAACAAAACAACAGUCUUUAAAUUAGAAUGCAGUUGCAUAAAUGGCCUUCCCGACGGAUUGACAAUCGACACUGACGGUAAUUUAUGGUUGGCUGUGAUUUUCGGUUCACUUGUUUUAAAAAUUGACCCUCGAACCGGCCAACUUUUGAAAAAAAUUCAAAUGCCAACGCCUCAAAUCACCGCAAUGACUUGGGGCAACAAAAACUGCGACGUCUUGUAUGUCACUAGCGCCAAAAUGGCAGUAAACGGAAAAGUGCCCGAAAAACCGGCCGGUUGCACUUUUAAAUUGGAAAAUUUGGGGCACAGUAAGGGCUUACCUGGUGACCGUUAUAAAAUGUAACCUUAAAUAGCGCUUUAUUGUACAUAUUUAUAAUUUAAUAGAGCCUAUAUUAUUAACAAGAUUGUUAGUUGAAUGUAAUAAUGCAGUUAAUUAACCCAUCACUAGUAAUUAUUUAGUACUUUUUUUUCAAUUCGUUAAAUCUCCUUGUCAAGUCAUCAAAAUCGAUAUCAUCUGAAGCGUCAGGCGAUGGGGGCCCAUUAUGUGACGGAACCGAAGGCAAUUCGGGGAGAUUGUAACUGUUGUCGUUUAGUUUUUGUUGUGGAGUUGGUUUUUGUGGCUCAUCGUUAUUC